AUGGUCCUGAUCAUCGCCCUUCUUAACGACGGUACCAUCAUGACUUUGUCGGACCUCGCCAAGAUCUUCGCGUACGCCGUCGCCUAUGGCUUGUACCUCACCUUGUCUACGAUCGCCCUUGUUGCUAUUUGCAUCAAGACGACCUUCUUCUAUGACAAGUUCGGUGUCUUGUUCGAAUACGGUGCCAUCCAGGCGACGAACCACAACGACCGUGUCCUGCGUUCCAUUGUCUACCUCCAGGUCGCCAUAUGUCUGACUAGUUAUGCACGACUAGUUAUGUACGACUAG